AUGUCAUACAAGGACAGUUUCUUCUCUUGCUUCUUCGUCCCCAAACCCACCCUCACAGAGAAGAACCUGCCGGAUCAGACAGGCUGUGUAACAAUCAUCACCGGAGGCUACGCCGGCGUAGGCAAAGAACUCGCAAGAAUCCUCUACCAGAAGAACGCCACCGUCUACGUCGCCGGCCGCUCGAAAGAGAAAGCGCAGAAUGCCGUCGAGGAAAUCAAAUCUUCCGCUCCCACUUCUGACGGACGUCUGGAAUUCCUGCACAUCGACCUAGCAGACCUCUCCACAAUCAAACCUGCCGUCGAGGCCUUUUUGCAGAAAGAACAGAAACUCAACGUCCUGGUCAACAAUGCCGGCGUCAUGUUUCCUCCGGCUGGUCAGGUCACAACGCAAGGCCACGAACUCCAAAUGGGAACAAACGUUCUCGGUCACUACCUCUUCACCCAACUCCUAACCCCUCUCCUCGACAAGACCGCGUCAACCGCCCCACCCAAUAGUGUCCGCGUCUGCUGGGCCGCUUCCCUCGCAACGUUCAUCUCCCCCAAGAACGGCAUCACUUGGUCCGACGAAACCAACACCCCCAAGACCCUCUCCGAUCCCCUCCAAAACUACGCACAAUCCAAGACGGGCAAUAUCUUCCUCGCGCAGUCCUAUCAAUCGCAACAUCCAAAUCUCGUCUCCCUGGCUUUCAAUCCGGGCAAUCUGCACAGCGAAUUGGGGAGGCAUCAGGAAGGUUCGAUGUUCGUGAGGCUGGGGAAGGCCAUACUCUGCCAUCCUACAAUUUACGGCGCGCACACGGAGCUUUGGGCGGGUUGGAGUGAGGAAGCUGGGCAACACGGAGGUGAGAGUAGAUACGUGGCUCCUUGGGGGAGAUGGGGUCUGUUGAGGAGUGAUAUUCUGGGAAGUGAUGCGAAGAGGAAGCUCUGGGAGUGGUGCGAGAGGGAGACGAGGGAGUUUUUGUAA